CACAGCACAGCACAGCACAGCACAACACAGCACAACACAGCACUACUCCCCCUCCCCUUCAUACACAAACCAGAAAAGAACACCCCACCAACACAAGAACCACUAUCACCACCAUGUACGCACUCUUUGGCCACCCCGCCCCUGCGACCCCCUUCCGUCGACAGCAGCAGCAGCGGCAGCAGCAUCCCUCCUACCCAACCUCAUACACCUCCAAUCCCUUCAUCUCAACCAACCCCACCUCCUUCGAAUCCAUGGACGAAGAUUCCCCUGACGAAGAGGAGCGCCUCCUCCUCGCGGCCCUCGAGCGCAAGCGUCAGCAAAAGAUCGCCCGCCAGCAGUAUCACCAUCAGCAGCUCCUCGAACAACAGCGGCAGCAGCAGCUUAUUGAACAGCGCCGCCAGCAAUUGAUCGAACAAGAACUUCUCGCCCGUCGCCGUCGUGCUCAGGCCCAGGCGAUCGCUCAGGCCAAGUACGAGGCCGAGCAGGAGGCCAUCCGCCAGUACAUGAAGCAGCAGCAGCAGAUCCGAGAGCAGCAAGAGCGCCGUCGUCAGCAAGCUGCACUCGAACACAUUUUCUUGCAGCGCCUCCAGCAGCAACAGAUCGAGGAACAGAAGCGCCAGGAACAAGCCGCCAAGGUCGCCAUUGCUGAAGCCAAGAAGCGUCAGCAGCAACAGCUCACUCUUCAAGCUGCUGCCUCCGCCUCUGAGGACGAGGAGGAAGCGGAGGAUCAGGAUGUCUUGAGCCACCUGUUGAACGCCAUCUUCUUCCCUGACGCUCACCUUAAGCGUCAUUCAUCCCAGGAUCAGCAGCAGUACCCUUGUAAGCGUCGCCAACAGAACCAGCAGGGACAGAAGGUGAUUGAGGCACAGAAGACCAAGAAGCCAGUCGCCGAGACCAAGAAGCCAGUCGCCGAGGCCAAGAAGCAACAGCAGCAGGAGAAGAAGGCCGCCGUUGAGUCCAAGUCUGAGUCCACCAACGAUGAGAAGAAAGAGGACUUGGUUGGCAGCUACUUCUUGAACAACCCUGUUAUCAAGUCUAUGGUCGAGGCUGCCCUUGGCACCAAGAUCGAAACUGCCGCCAUGAAGAGUGACAACAAGGUCAAUGUUCCUGCUCCUACCACUUCCAAAGCUACUCCUUCAUCCACCGUCACCUCCCCCAAGGUCAACAUUGCUGAUACCAAGUCCAAGCCCAUCGCAGAGGAGAAGGAGGACAAUUUGAUCGGUGACUACUUCAUGACCUACCCUGAUAUCAAGUCCAUGAUUGAGGCUGUCCUUGGUGCCGAAAUCGAGACCGCCAACAAGAAGACUGACGCUGUCGCCUCUACUACUACUGCGCCAACUACCGCCACUCCUUCAUCAACUCAGUCCUCGCCCGAGCUUCGUGCCACCGAUAUCCUGAAGCAGCGCCAAGACAGGCAGCAGCAAAAGCAGGAAGAAAAGAAGGAACAGGAGCAGCACGAUUCCCUCCAGGAAAAGCACUCUGAGCUCAACUUGAUCGACUCAGCGCUUGAUGACCUGUCUCGAGAGCUGAACGAGAUCUUGACCGGCACUAUCGAGAACAAGAAGCGCAUCUUGCUGACGGAGGAGAACUUGACCAAGACCAUGCUCCGAUUGGACUCUGUCCAAAGCGACGGCGACGCCUCUGUACGCAGACACCGCAAGCAGUUGAUCAAGAAGAGCCAGCAGUUGCUCGAUCUUGUUGACGAGUUCAAGGCCCGAGAGUCCACAACCGGCAAGAACGUUACUCCAGCGCAGCCUUCUGAGUCCAAGCCCGAGGUCCUCGAGGCUAUCGAGGAGAAGGAAGAAGGAGCCAACGCUACUGCCGACCUUGACACUCUCUCUGUUUCCGAUAUCGAGUCUCUCCCCGACAUCUCUGCUGAUGACAAUGUGGAGGAUAAGACUGAGGAAAACUUGGCCGACUCUUCAGAGUUGCCUAAAGAGCAAGAGCCCACGCAAGACAAUGAAGUUACCGAUGCCACAGCUGUUGAGAUGACCGAGGACCCCACUCCAGCAGAACCCGAGGACAACAGGACAGAAGUCGAACCUGAGCUGAGCAGCAACACGGGCGACUCGGAUGGAUCUAUGUCUAAGGACGAAGAACCACAAGUACCUAUGGAAGAAGAACCAUCCAAGGCAACCAAGUCCGCCGACCCAUUGGAUCUAAUUGUUGAUGCAGCACUCGGACUUGCUCACCCUGAACCUGUUGACCACGACUUUGACAUGGUCCUUGUGCAUUAAAACAUUCGACCACAACCUUGUAAUAAUACCAGAAUGAUUAUCAAUAUGUAAAUAAUAAUAAUAAAAAGACAGCAAUUUUUAUCUUUAAA